AUGCUCGCCCCGUCCGGGGAGAUGCCAGCAGGGAACGAGUCGCUCUCCCGGGACACCCACGAUCGCUCCGGACACCAAUGCUGGAGUCUCCCAGGAUGCUGCAGCUCAGUCAGCAUCUCUAGAGUGCCACGGGCUCCGCAGCCCGUCCUCGCGGCUGCGGCUCGCUGGCGUCACACGGCCCCAGAGUCCCUCAAGUGUGCCUGGCAGUUACACGGUGACCACCUAGAGCUCAGAUAUGCCAACACGCUGAUGCGCUUCGAUUUUGUCUGGCUGCGGGACCACUGCCGCUCUGCUUCCUGCUACAACGCCAAGACCAACCAGCGCAGCUUGGACACAGCGAGCGUGGACCUGGGGAUCAAGCCCAAAGCUGUCCGAGUGGACGAGACCACACUCUUCCUCACUUGGCCGGACGGGCAUGUGACGCGGUACGGGCUGGAGUGGCUGGUGAAGACCAGCUACGAGGGGCAGAAGCAGCAGGUCAUGCACCCACGGAUUCUCUGGAACGCAGAAAUCUACCGCCAAGCCCAGGUGCCUUCCGUUGACUGCCGGAGUUUCCUGGAGACGGACGAGGGGCUGAAGGAGUUCCUGCAAAACUUCUUGUUGUAUGGGAUUGCUUUUGUAGAGAACGUCGCUCCCACCAAAGAGGACACAGAAAUCUUAGCGGAAAGGAUCAGCUUAAUCAGGGAGACCAUUUACGGCAGAAUGUGGUACUUCACCUCCGACUUCUCUCGGGGAGACACGGCCUACACCAAGCUGGCUCUGGACCGUCACACCGACACAACCUACUUCCAGGAGCCCUGUGGCAUCCAGGUGUUUCACUGCCUGAAGCACGAGGGCACGGGCGGGCGGACGCUGCUGGUGGAUGGUUUCUACGCGGCAGAGCAGGUUCUCCAGCAAGCCCCUGAGCAGUUCGAGCUGCUCAGCAAGGUGCCGUUGAAGCACGAGUACGUCGAGAACGUGGGAGACUGUCACAACCACAUGAUCGGAGUUGGGCCGGUGCUCAAUGUCUAUCCCUGGAACAACGAGCUGUAUCUGAUCAGGUACAAUAACUAUGAUCGUGCUGUCAUCAACACCGUGCCUUACGAUGUUGUGCAUCGCUGGUACGCUGCUCACCGCACGCUCACCGCGGAGCUCAGGAGACCGGAAAACGAACUGUGGGUCAAACUGAAGCCGGGCAAGGCGCUGUUCGUGGAUAACUGGCGCGUCCUGCACGGCCGGGAAGCGUUCACCGGGUACCGCCAGCUCUGCGGCUGCUACCUGACGAGAGAUGAUGUGCUGAACACCGCGCGCUUGCUGGGACUCCAGGCUUAGCCCCGUCCACGCUCCGCGGAGAG